GAGCGCCCCACGGGUGGUGCGUUCCGGGCGGCGCGCGGCGGAGCCUGCAAGGACUUGGGGGAGGAAGGGGCGACCCCGCCGGCAGCGAUGAAGCCGUCUUGGCUGCAGUGUCGCAAAGUCACCGGCGCGGGGGGCCUCGGCGGGUCCCUGCCCGCGUCCUCUCCCGCGCGCGGAGCCGGCCCGGCCCGCCGGGCGUACGUGGCCCCCGGCCCGCGGGGCGCUCUCGGGGGCCGGGGCUGCAGGGCGCUGUCCUCGGGCGGCGGCGAGUACAAGACCCACUUCGCGGCCUCGGUGACCGACCCCGAGAGGUUCUGGGGCAAAGCCGCGGAGCAGAUCAGCUGGUACAAGCCCUGGACCAAGACGCUGGAGAACAGACAUUCGCCUUCCACCAGCUGGUUUGUGGAAGGGAUGCUUAACAUUUGUUACAAUGCCAUCGAUCGUCAUAUUGAAAAUGGUGAAGGAGAUAAGAUUGCUAUCAUUUAUGACAGUCCUGUUACAAACACUAAAGCCACUAUUACCUAUAAAGAAGUCCUGGAACAGGUCUCUAAGCUGGCUGGCGUUUUGGUCAAACAUGGUGUCAAGAAGGGUGACACCGUGGUUAUCUACAUGCCCAUGAUCCCACAGGCGAUGUAUGCCAUGCUCGCGUGUGCCAGGAUAGGCGCCAUCCACAGUCUCAUAUUUGGGGGAUUUGCAUCCAAAGAACUAAGCACUCGCAUUGAUCAUGCGAAGCCCAAGCUGGUUGUUACAGCAUCAUUUGGCAUUGAACCCGGAAGGAAGGUGGAGUACAUACCACUUGUAGAAGAAGCGCUGAGAAUAGGACAACACAAGCCAGAUAAAGUUCUCAUCUAUAAUCGUCCAAAUACGGAAAUGGUUCCUUUGGCUCCAGGUUGUUACCUUGAUUGGGAUGAAGAGAUGGCAAAAGCACAGUCCCAUGACUGUGUUCCUGUUCUUUCUGAACAUCCACUGUAUAUCCUUUACACAUCUGGAACGACGGGGUUGCCAAAGGGUGUGGUGAGGCCCACUGGAGGAUACGCUGUAAUGCUUAACUGGUCAAUGUCUUCCAUAUAUGGACUUAAACCUGGAGAGGUGUGGUGGGCAGCUUCUGACUUAGGCUGGGUUGUUGGACAUUCCUAUAUCUGUUAUGGACCUCUUCUACAUGGAAACACUACAGUUUUAUAUGAGGGGAAGCCGGUGGGAACGCCAGAUGCCGGCGCCUAUUUCCGUGUGCUCGCGGAGCACGGAGUGGCCGCCUUGUUCACGGCGCCGACUGCAAUUAGAGCGAUCCGUCAGCAAGACCCUGGGGCAGCCUUGGGGAAGCAGUACUCUCUGACAAGGUUCAAAACACUAUUUGUGGCUGGAGAACGCUGUGACGUGGAGACGCUGGAAUGGUCCAAAAAGGUCUUCAGAGUACCUGUGCUAGACCACUGGUGGCAAACUGAGACUGGAUCCCCAAUUACAGCAUCUUGCAUUGGAUUGGGUAAUUCUAAAACACCUCCUCCAGGGCAAGCAGGAAAAAGUGUUCCAGGAUACAAUGUUAUGAUUUUGGAUGACAACAUGCAAAAACUGAAGGCUCGGUGUUUAGGAAACAUUGUGGUAAAGUUGCCAUUACCACCUGGAGCUUUUUCAGGACUCUGGAAGAAUCAAGAGGCAUUCAAGCAUUUAUACUUUGAAAAGUUUCCAGGAUACUAUGACACCAUGGAUGCUGGAUACAUGGAUGAAGAAGGCUACGUUUAUGUUAUGUCUCGAGUUGAUGAUGUGAUAAAUGUUGCAGGUCACAGGAUUUCUGCAGGUGCCAUUGAGGAGUCUAUCCUUUCCCUUGGCAUUGUGGCCGACUGUGCUGUUGUUGGGAAGGAAGAUUCUUUGAAAGGUCAUAUCCCAUUAGCCCUCUGUGUGUUGAAGAAAGAUAUAAAUACAACAGAGGAACAAGUUUUAGAAGAAAUUGUGAAACACGUUAGACAGAGCAUUGGUCCCGUGGCUGCUUUUCGGAAAGCGGUGUUUGUCAAACAGUUACCCAAAACCAGAUCUGGCAAAAUUCCCCGCUCAGCUCUCUCUGCCCUUGUCAAUGGCAAGCCAUAUAAGGUGUCUCCUACAAUUGAAGAUCCUGGAAUUUUUGGGCACAUAGAAGACAUGCUGAAGCAGGCUUCAUGACUUUUUUUCUUCUUUUUUGAGUCACUUUUCUAAUUGGAGUAAGUUUUUAGAAUUACUUCCCAGAAAUAAAUAUUGAAAUAGAAAUAACAUGCAAACUGAAAUGUAAAUUGUAGGGCUUAGUCUAAAAAAAUGUACUUGAAGACUGGUAAGACCUGUGCAUUCUGUCUGAGCCCAGUGAGCACUGUCAGCAGUUGCCUGGACCAUACUCAUUAUAUAGAUUUUCCAGAACUUCCAUUUAAGAAAAAUAUACCCAAUGUGUGAUUUUUAUAAAUUGUAACCCCCACCCCCCACCAAAAAAAUGACACUAAUAUCGAGCCUCUUCCUGAAAUUAGGACUCUGCAGCUUUGAUCCAAGACCUAAACCUCAAGUUGAAGUCAGAAAACAGUUAUUAUUUUCUUAUAGAAGUUCUGAUUAUCUUUGAAUAUUCUUGAGAUGCCCACAGGCUUGGUUAUUUUAAAUGGGUGAAAUGGGAAGUUCCAGAUAAGCAUUGAGACAGGAUUUUCUAGGUAGGAGAAUUUGUCUCCUCACACAUCCUGAGGGAACGCUGGGUACAAAGGUGCAGCUCUCUUCAGCCCUGUGUCCUUAGUCAAGGGCGGUCACAGGCCUGGUAGACAGCAGAGAGGUCGGUUAAUCCAAUCCAAUCUCUUCUUAGUCAUGCAGAUGAGGCCUCUCUGCAGCCCCUCUUACCCUUUCAGGUUCAGAGUUGACUAUAUGCUUUGUAAUGAUCUCAACUUCUUUUGGAAAAAAGGAAAUGAUGUAGAAAUGGGUAAACUGUCAAGGAAAGCUCUUAAGGAAGAAAUGUAAAAUUUUUUACAUUGUACAUAUGCUAAAGACCAGGAGGAGUUUUAAGAGAAACCAAAAUUCCAGAUUUUAUGUGAAAUCUCUCAUUUUAAAAUAACUCACUGAAAAAAAGUUGUCACAUCCAAAGCACAUCUUUCUAUUUAAACUUUUGUAAAAUUAUUGAGCAUUAAAAAAUAACUAGAAAUGAGUCUUUGUGCCAAUUAACCAGAGUAUAUACAGAUAAUUAAAUAUUUGGUUUACUUAGGGUUCUACAUGGUUAUCAGUUGUUAAAGAAUACAUUCAAACUAAAAAAAAAAGAAAAGAAAAGCCAUACCUAUUGGGUCUUUGACAGUUCUCAAAGUAUUCCUCAAUCUUUCAGUCCAUCAGUAACGUUAUUUUAAGAGCAAUUGUCCUAACAUAAAAGUCUGGUAACAUAUGAAGAAAUAUAUAUGAGAGACAAUAGGUGAGCUUAUUUACUUGUUUGUUCCAUAAAAAUUGCUUACAAAUUGUAUGAAGACAUUCUGAAAAUGUUAUGAGUUUUUGGAUCAUACACUAUAAAACAAAUGGCUUCUCAAAGUAAAUUGUCAUUUGCUAAAAUUGACUUUUUGAUUGUUACCCCUGAAAAAAUAUAUUCAUCUAAUUGUUCCCUUUAUUUUAGAAGCCUGAACUAAACUGAUUAGAUAGAUAUUCAAUUUAUAAUUUGAAGCUGUUAGGUUCCUUAAACUGUCUCUUCUCUUCGGUACGUUUUAUCUAUUGUCACAACUGUAAUCUUAACAAAUAAUACACUUUUUAAUGUCUUAGCA